AUUCAAAAAAAUAAAUCCUUACGGGAUUUAUUAGUAAUACUUUUGAAAUCUGUGCUUACAUUUUCGUCUGUAUUGACUUUGAUUAAACACAUAUGCAGCCAGUGUGUCCUAUAUAGCUCAUUAUGACGUAGCAUCUUUAGAUUUCGGUCAGAAAUUGUAUUUAAUUAUAUAUCACAGAAAAUAUCCUAAAUCUCCAGAAAGCUCGACAAAACAGAAACUCCUGCCCCACGGAUAUCGAUCCUCUCCUGGCUCAUGCAUGUUGAAUACAUAUGUAUCCGGUUGUAUCGCAGUGUAUAUGGACAGUAGGCAGCGACUGAUCUCCAGACGCACUCGCCUCUGAUUCGCUGCUUCGCUGGGACUUUGCGAAAUGCGGAAGUGACGUUAAAAAAAAGCACCCAUCCAGGGCCACUUUCGGUAUUUACAGAAGCGCUGCUGAAUUUGUCUGGGAGCCCACCGCGACCUCCACCCGGGCUGCAACCCAGAGAGAAAUGGCGCCCUUGGCUUUGCCCCUGUCGUCUCUUCUGAAGCACAAGGACUGUCUGCAGAAGGCGAACGCGUUUUGUAAUGUAUUACAGAGUUUACACCACCGGCCGAGCGCAUCUCGCUCAUGGAAACGGAGUUUCGGUGCGGUGGCCCACGGAGCCGGUCAGUUAGUGUCACACCAACACAGGUCCCCAAACUAUGCAUCAUCGGUGUGUCGCAGCUCUACGGCCAGCCAGGACAUGCCAGGGCGGCUGUGGUCCGUUUACAAUGAGACCAAAAAGCAGACUGAAGCUUUGAUCCCGGCCAUUUUCACCAACUCCAUCAACCCCGACACCAUUUUUGCCAACAAUGAGAUGAGCCUACGAGACACAGAGAUCUACGGCUUCGACUACGACUACACCCUGGCGUUCUACUCCAGGCACCUGCACACCCUCAUUUUCAACAUAGCCCGGGACAUUCUUAUCACUAACCACAGGUAUCCAGAGGGUCUGAGAAACUAUGAGUAUAUUCCUGAUUUUGCUGUAAGAGGACUUCACUACGAUGUUCAGAAGGGGCUGCUGAUGAAGAUAGAUGCUUUUCACUACAUCCAGUUGGGAACUGUAUACAGGGGUCUUGAACCAGUCCCUGAAGAGGAAGUAAUUGCCAUGUACGAUGGUUGUCAUGUGCCUCUCGAGAACAUGAGCGACUUCUACGGCAAGAGUUCCCAUGGCCACACCAUGAAACAGUUCAUGGACAUAUUCUCCCUGCCCGAGAUGACUCUCCUGUCUUGUGUCAAUGACUUCUUCAUGAGGCACAACAUCGACUACGAGCCAGUGCAUCUCUACAAAGACGUAAAGGAAGCCAUUAGAGACGUUCACGUCAAGGGCAUCAUGUACCGAGCCGUGGAGGCAGAUACUGAGAAAUUCAUUUGCUAUGCCGAGCAGAGCCAUGCUGUGCUGAAGAAGCUGUCCGAGCACGGGAAAAAGAUGUUCCUCAUUACCAACAGCCCAUUUGACUUUGUGGAUCGAGGAAUGAACUACAUCGUAGGGAAGGACUGGCGAGACCUGUUUGAUGUUGUGAUUGUUCAGGCCGACAAACCGGGUUUCUUCAAUGACAGGAGGAAACCUUUCAGGCGAGUGACAGACAAAGGUGCUUUGCUGUGGGACAGGAUCCACAAGUUGGAAAAAGGGAAGAUCUACAAACAGGGAAAUCUUUAUGAGUUCCUGAGACUCACCGGCUGGAGAGGAUCCAAAGUGCUCUACUUCGGUGAUCACAUCUACAGCGACUUGGCAGACCUGACGCUGAAACACGGCUGGAGGACAGGCGCCAUCAUCCCGGAGCUGAGGAAGGAGAUCAAGAUCAUGAACACGGAGGAGUACAUGCACAUGAUGGCCUGGUUACAGGCGCUGACUGGACUCAUCGAGCAGAUGCAGGUACACAGGGACGAGGCGUCUCAAGCCGUCGUGGAGGAGUGGAUACAAGAGCGAGAAGCCAUGAGGUCGCAGACGAAGGACAUCUUCAACCCUCAGUUCGGGAGUCUCUUCCGGACGUACCACAACCCCACCUACUUCUCACGCCGGCUGUCGCGCUUUGCGGACAUCUACAUGGCCUCCAUCAGCUGCCUGCUCAACUACGACUUCCAGCACACCUUUUUCCCUCGGCGCACUCCCCUGCAGCACGAGGCCCCCUUCUGGCCAGAACACGGUCCUGCUGGUAUCAGCGUCUCCUCCCAGCUCAGCAGGAUGAAGGCAGACUCCCAUUAGAGAGAGAGAGAGAGAG